GGAACCUCAGCUUCGGUGCUUUCAUGACUGUGCUGCCGCGUUAUUCACUCCGUUAUUUCAGUAGCGUGUGGUUCCUGCUUUACGUGGGUUGGAGGACUUGUGUCAUCUCUUGCACGUCUUUGAGGUGAAAAUUAUCUAGAACAAUAACAACCUCUAUGGCUGACCACCAGGAUGACGAACACGUGCAGUGUGACCAUUCCAAGCGUAAAAAAAAUAUCACGGUAUCGCAGGAACUGGAAAAUUCACUAAUGCAGAAGGAGGAAUUUUCUCUAGACGACUGGACACAGAUUUACGAAAAUUUGCCUUAUAAUAGGAACACUGGGGAGCCUUCUCAUGCGCUGGUAACUUACAUCAACGAGCUGCUGCCCUCGGAGCCUGCAAGGGUGUUGGUGCCUCUCUGUGGCAAGUCUCCGGACAUGCGCUGGCUGUAUGACCGUGGCAACACAGUGGUAGGUGUGGAGGGAGUGGAGAGACCUGUGAAGGAAUUCUUCCAGUCGCACACUGACCUGCGGCACACUGUGGAGGAUGUGCCAUUUGGAAAAGUUUACAAGAGUCGCGAUGAGCAGUUGCAGGUGUUUGUGUGUGAUAUCACGCAGGUGCCUAGGGGAUCACUUGGUCACUUCGAUGCUGGCUUUGACUGGGGCGCCUACACAGCCAUCAGACCUUCUGACAGACAGAAAUACGUGGACGUGGUGAGGGAUGCCUUGGGGGAGAACUUUAGGUAUUUCUUGGAGGUGUGUCACGAUGGACCUCCCAAGGCCCCAGGUCUGCCUCACUCUAUCUCCUUAAGGACCAUCAAGCUGGAGUUUGGAGUGUCCCUAAAGAUGCGAGUCUUGGCCACAAAGGAUGUCUCCGCUGAGUGGGAAGUGGACACUUUCUUCAACAGCUUCUUCCUGCUGUCUGACCAGGACCUGUAAUUACCACAGGCCUCGGUGAUAUAACUUGAUAUAGUGUGAUGCAACGACCCUUACUAAUUGCCUUGACAAACAUGCCUUUAAUUGUAAUGCAUCAAUAAGAAUGUAUUGUUACUUGUAUUAUGUAGUAUUAGUACAAGUAUUAUAUUUUAGUGUUUCUGUAUGUAUAUGGGUAUGUAUGUGUAAUGCAUGUUUGUCAUAUUAUGUUAUGUAAUUCAAAAUACCAAAUCAAGCUGGAAGGAGGUGAUAAGUGGGGUCCUACAAUGAUGUGUACUGGCGGUAAUUAUGUUUGCAGUGCAUUCAUGAAUUUGAGGCAAAGUUAGAUGCUAAGAAAUAUAGAGAUGGAACAGCA